CCACCUCCUCCACCUCCUCUCCUCAAACCUCCGCUCCUCGAACCCCGCGCCCCCAUCCACACGCCCCCAGUAACCACCACCGUUUUCCUUCCUCGGAGUCCGCGGUGACAGGAGCCCACCGUCGCCAUGGGUGAGGAGAAGAAGGAUAAGGCGAGCGGCAAGGACGCCGGCGAGAAGAAGGACGCCGCCGGCGGCGGCGAGAAGGCGGCGGCGGCGGCGCCGGGGCCUAUCGUGCUCAAGGUCGAGUUGCAUUGCGCCGGCUGCGCCAGCAAGGUCAAGAAGGCCAUCAAGCGCGCCCCCGGUGUGGAGACGGUUGUGACGGACACGGCGGGGAACAAGGUGGUGGUCACCGGCGCGGCGGACGCGGCGGAGCUGAAGGAGCGCAUCGAGGCGCGGACCAAGAAGGCCGUGCAGAUCGUCUCCGCCGGCGCCGGCCCGCCGCCCAAGAAGGAUAAGGAGGAGAAGAAGGACAAGGACAAGAAGGGCGGCGGCGACGACAAGAAGGCCGAGAAGGAGAAGGGCGGCGGCGGCGGCGAUAAGAAGGCGGAGAAGGAGAAGGGCGGCGGCGACAAGCCCAAGGAGGAGAAGAAAGCCAAGGAGCCCAAAGAGGAGACGGUGACGCUCAAGAUCCGCCUCCACUGCGAGGGAUGCAUCGACCGCAUCAAGCGCCGCAUCUACAAGAUCAAAGGGGUGAAGGAUGUGGCGGUGGACGCCGCCAAGGACCUGGUCAAGGUGACCGGCACCAUGGACGCCGCCGCGCUCCCGGGCUACCUCAAGGACAAGCUCAGCCGGCAAGUCGAGGUCGUCGCGCCAGGCAAGAAGGACGGCGCCGGCGGCGGUGACAAGAAGGACGGCGGCGGCGGCGACAAGAAGGACAAAAAGGAGGGCGGCGGUGGCGGCGGCGACAAGAAGGACGCCGGCGGCGAGAAGACGGACAAGGACAAGUCGGCGGCCGCCUCGGCGUCCGUGGCGCCGGUGCCCCUCGCCGACGCGGGCAUGUUCCAGAUGCCGCCGCAGUACGGCUUCAACCCGUACCACGUCCACCCCGGCGCCGCCUACUACGGCGGCGCCCCGCCGCCCAACCCCGCCGCCUUCUACCACCACCCCAACGCCGCCGCCGCCGCCGCGUACCAGCCCUACCCGUACAACGUCCAUGCCCCCCAGAUGUUCAGCGACGAGAACCCCAACGCCUGCUCCGUCAUGUGAGCUCCUCCUCCGCCGCCGCCGCCUCCGCUCCCCCACCCGCUGUAUCAAAACCACGGCAUGGUUUUUAGCGGUUCAGUUCGUCGCCGUCGUCAUUAGCUAGCUUAGCUUAGUCAUCUCCAUGCAUCAACCCGAGGGAUUACUAGAGUAAUCUAGACUUGUAAAUAACAGCAGCAGUUGAGUUGAGGCCGUAAUGCAAUGCAGUGUGAUGAAUGAUGAUGUAAUCCAUGAAUCCAUCCAUGGACAAGCCAGCCACCACCAUCUUGAUGAUGAAAUUUUUUGUUCUAGCUACUAAUCAUCA